UCAUCAGUGAGUUGUCCGAUCUGAGAUGGACUCACGUGGAGAAGAGGACCUUAGGCGUACAGCUGAGGCUCUGUGUUUGGAGGUCAGGCCUCUGCAGAGGUCCAACCUUGGAGUCAGACUAGCCCACAGGAAGACAUUCAGUCUGGACUAUAUGAAUGCCUGUCAAGAGGCUCAUUACAGGGGGCGAAACUCUCCAUGAAGAUACUCUGAUCUGCACUUUCAAGACUGUGAUCUCCAGGCAGGAUAUAUGCUGAGGUCCACAGCCAGCCAGCAGGCCUCCACUUCUCCAUUCCAUAGGACGAGCCUUCCUCCCUUUAACAGGGCUGUGAUGCUUUCGAGGAGGUCUGAUCUAGAACCUUUUAGGUCAGAUAUUAUUAGAGGCUCACGCAUCUCUUGUGAGGAUCAGGAAGCAGGUGGCUCCUUCAACUGCAGAGCUCCUCUCAUGUCUCUCAGCAGCUCUGAGGAGGAACAGGAGGCUGGAGAACAGGCUGGCAGAGCUCCAGCAGGGCUCAGCGUGUCUUCAUCCCUGCUUACACCCACUCCUACAGGGGAAUGCAGACUGGGUAAGAGAGAGAGGAAACAACUGAGGAGCCUGAGGAGGAGACAGAGGAGAAGAGAGCGCUGCAGACAGACCCAGCAGAAGGAGAAUGUGCAGAGCUCUACAGGGAACCCAACUAGCAGCAGUGAGGAUGAGGAGCUGCCCGGCCGGGAUCGUGAAGGCUACAUCUGUGCUGUGUGUCUGGAUGUCUACUUCAGUCCCUACAUGUGCCAUCCCUGCAGCCAUGUCUUCUGUGAGCCUUGUCUGAGGACGCUGGCCAAGAACUGCCCCACCAACACACCCUGUCCAUUGUGCAGAACCACCAUAACACACGUCUUCUUCCAGAAAGAACUGAACCAUAUAGCCCGUACGUUCUUCCCAAAAGAAUACCUGUCUCGGAAACAGAAUUUCCAGAAAGCGGGCUGUGCAAAAUGGCCUCUUCCAAGCUGCCAUAAACUGUUUCGAAUUUUUGGAGGCUUUCAAAGGCAGGGAAGUCCAAUCGGCAGACGCCAGUUCCCUCAUGGGGGCUAUCGGCUUGAUGCCUUUAACUUUGAGGAUGAUUCGCAUGGCUGGAGAUUUGACAUGGACAUGGUGAUCAUCUAUAUAUACUCCGUCAACUGGGUCAUUGGCUUCAUUAUCUUCUGCUUCUUCUGCUAUUUCUUCUUCCUCUCUUUUUAAAGAAAAGGCACAGGGAAGCUGUCUGCAGUGUUUCAGAUCUUUCAGGACAAUACAAAAGUCGGCGAGAAGGGAAUCAUGCGCUGCACAGAGAGAAAUGAGUUCAUGCAGCAAAAAUUCCAGAGCGUGAUGAUUCCAUUUACUGUAAAGAUGAAUCAUGAUUUUUGAGUUUGUGGUUUGCCUAAUAUCUGUUUGCUUUUAAACAGAAUUUUGGCCGACUGCAUGGGGAAGCUUUGCAUGGAUAAUCACACGAGAGGACUAUUCAUUUCACUACAAGUUGUAUUCCCAUGCUAUAUAUCCAGAGUGAAUGCAUUUGUGCAGGUCUUCUCUUACAGCUAAUUUCCAAAGUGCAACGUUCAGGUUUGUAAACUAAACUAUCCAUAACUACAGGCCAGCUUCUAAACAAUCCAUAGAAUAUGAUGAGUAUAAGAAUAUCUCAUUUGUUUUGCACCAUUCUUGCUUGUUUUUACAGUAUUUCUAAACUGGCCAUAAAGGUCCUUUGUCUGGUCUUUAUUAAAUAGAAAAAAACAUCAAGCAGCAAGGAAAUCUUUUAGUAGUGGAAAUCUUUUUCUGUGCUUGAAAAAAAUAUUUCAUGUUGAAAGCAUAAUGUAUCAUCCUUUGGAAACUUGUUCAUUCCAUGUUGUUAACACAAGCUGUCUUGUUCAACAUGUCCAACAUGUCCUAAACGUGUUGUCAAGACACUCCAUACCGACUCCAUCACAUCAAUUCUAGUCAUCUUGCGCACACACAUACAUAGAUAUAGAUAUUACGUUAGUAAAAUCUCAGAUCUCAGUGGUUUCUAGUGAUUUGGCAGAGUACAACAAAACAGGCUGCUAUUAGCAACUUGUCCAAUUUUAAAUCUAAUUUUGCUUCUUGCUUUUUAAACUAUUAGGAUUUGAUUCAAUAAACAGUAUGAGUCAACCACUAAACAUUUAGAACCACUAGAACAUUUCCUAAUAACCAAAGAUGAGAUAAUUUACUUUUAUGAAUAUUUAAUGAGAUUCAUUUGAAAUGGCUCACAUAAGAACCAUAUUACACAGACUGAUCCAGUAUGUCUUUCUGUUUGGAUUUAAAGUUUUUUUUUCCAGCUUGACAAGACACAAAGACCAGCUAAGACCAGGGGCCGGUUGCACUGCUUAGACUAUGUCUUAAAGGGGUCAUAUGAUGCUGCUAAAAAGAACAUUAUUUGGUGUAUUUGGUGUAAUGAAAUGUGUUUAUGCGGUUUAAGGUUAAAAAAACACAGAUUACUUUUCAC